AUGCUGGGAAACGUUAGAGUCCGGCACGCGGCGUGCGCGCUAGCGUGUCUCGUAGUCGCCAUCUUAAUCGCUGGCUGCUACCUCUCACGCGAGUAUGUCGGCUCGUUGUUGCCGCGAGUCAGUGUUACCAUCGACUUCUCCGUGCUAGCGGCGCUGCUCAUCGGCGCGGCGGGUUCGCUCACCAUCAACUUUCUCAUCCAACGAAACUUCGCUCUCGUACCCAUAUCCGCCGCCGCUCCUCCCACUGCUGCCACUGCUGCCGGCGCAGCGGGCGCGGGCGCGGGGGCAGCCGGAGCGGGCGCGGAAGUGGGCGCGGCGGGCGGAGAGGUGGGGGAUCCCGGGCCUGGGCUGUUUGCGUUCGAAAUUCCCGACAACGCGUGCUACUUCUGCGUGCGCCGCGCCGCCACCUCCAAAUGCGGCAGCUGCAGGCUGGUGUAUUACUGCUGCCGCAUGUGCCAGAUGCAGGCGUGGCGGAAACACCGGCACGUGUGUGGCGCGGCGGCGGCGGCAGCGGCGCGCAUCCAGCGCACGCGCGCGCUGCUCACCCCCUCGCAGUGGCGCGCGCUGGGCGAAUACGGGGACGCCGUGCGCGCACUCAUCCCCGCGCACCUGCUCGUCCCCACGCAACCGGACCUCGUCGCGAGCGCGCUGCUGAAAAUGGCCGCAUACGUGCGCCAACGCCCGCAACUGGUGGCGCAACCCAUGGCGGACGCGGUGUGGGCGGCGGCGCUGAGCAUGCGCGGGGAGGGCGCAAGCCCGCGCCUGUACAUGGCGUGGGCGUGGGGGUUUUUGGAGGCCACGGUUGAGUCCGGUUCCGUGGACGCGUUUCUCGCGGCGCUGCGGAUUGACGCGGCGGGCGGGGGCGCGGCGGACCUUCCGCGCGUGAACCGGUGGAUGAAGCGCGGGCUGUGCCAGGCGCUGCUGAUGCUGAACAAGCGGCAGGAGGUCGGCGCGUUCUUCCGCCACGCGCCCCGCCAACAGCUGCUCUACUUCUAA